AUCACACAGUGCUAGGACUCCGGAGUACUUCAUAUCUUUCAUAGCACAAUCACUUCUCCCUCCCUCGACUCGACUCGACUCGGUACAGGCAGUAACGGCUGCUCUACUCUAAUCGGAAGCAAUUAGCCAUCAGAGAGGUGCGAUCGAUCAGCCCCCAGACGCCUGUUGAGCGUGAGCCGGUUUCAAUAAGAUUAUAAAUGCCUUUGUGAUAACAAUGUACCUCCCAGUGAUCAGUGUCUGUUUUGUUCUAUCGAUAAUUGUAAGUUGUGCUCUCGGAUUACGAACCCAAGCAUUUCUCGAUUACGUCGCAGGAAUUGAUGAUGAAAUUCAUCCACCGCCGGUUAGUUCUGUGAAAGGGGAAAAAGCGCGCCAGAAACGUGUGAUUACCGCUUCGGACUACGAGAAUACCGCUCAGUUUUGGAAAGUAGGAGCGCAGCUUAGACUAAAAGAACAACUGCUCAAACGAACCAAUCGAAAUGUAGCCAAAAAUGUAAUCUUCUUUCUCGGGGAUGGCAUGUCCAUCACGACACUUGCCGCCAGCCGUAUGUACCUUGGCCAGAUGGAAGGCCAACCAGGCGAAGAGUCGCGCCUUUCCUUCGAGGAGUUUCCUGAUGUUGGUUUAAUCAAGACGUACUGCGUGGACAGGCAGGUUGCGGAUUCGGCUUGUUCGGCAACCGCUUAUUUGUGUGGGGUGAAGGCCAACUACGCCACAAUCGGUGUGACGGCUGCGGUGAACUACAAUAACUGUGCCGGGAGCAACAACCCACUGAAUCACGUCGAUUCGAUAAUGAGCUGGGCACAGGCGGCCGGCAAGGCGACCGGAAUCGUUACGACCACGCGGGUGACGCACGCAAGCCCAGCCGGCACGUAUGCGCACGUGGCAAAUCGGGAUUGGGAAUGCGAUGCCGACGUGAGCUCGAAGCAAGAAAAUCCCUCUCAGUGUCAAGACAUUGCUGCCCAAUUGGUAAGAAGUGAUCCGGGCAGGAACUUCAAGGUCAUUCUGGGAGGCGGACGGCGUAAAUUUAUCCCCAACAGCGAAAAGGAUCCAACGGGAAAAUCCGGUCAACGGAAGGACGGAGUAAAUCUGAUCUCAGAAUGGUACUACAGUAAACCACUCGGCUCGGCGCGGUAUGUCACAAACCGGCAAGAAUUAGUAGGUGUGAAUUUCAACGAAACCGAAUACCUGAUGGGAUUGUUUCAACCAGACCACCUCAAAUAUAAUAUGGAUAGCAACCACCAGGAAGAUCCUUCUCUGAGCGAUAUGACUUAUGCGGCUAUCAAAACUCUAGAAAAACAUUCCAAUGGUUAUGUACUUUUUGUCGAAGGUGGUAAAAUCGAUUUAGCUCAUCAUGAAACCAAGGCGCGUAAGUCCCUAGAUGAAACGAUUCAGUUCUCGGAUGCCGUUUUGCUGGCAACACAGCUGACCAAUCCGAUUGAUACGUUAAUCGUUGUCACGGCAGAUCAUUCCCACACCAUGACAUUGGCUGGUUACUCGAAACGCGGUCACGACAUAUUAGGGGUUAGCACUUCCGCCAAACAUAAGAAAACCUAUACGACUUUAUCAUAUGCCAACGGUCCCGGAGGCCCCUCACUGGACGAGAAUGGGGAUGUGCAGAAAUUCUCCGACGAUAUGGUGACAGAUAAAGAGUUCCAAUAUCCGAAACUAGUUCCUAUGAAGUACGAGACCCACGGCGGAGAUGAUGUAGCUCUGUUCGCCUACGGACCGUGGUCGCAUCUUUUCAGUGGCAUGUACGAGCAAAAUGUGAUUCCGCAUUUGAUCGGGUAUGCGGCGUGUAUCGGGGAUGGAUUGACGGCGUGUAAGGGUUAAGUGUGUGUGUUUUUUUUUACGAUGAGAUUUUAUGGGUGUUUUAAUUUGUUGAUGUUUUGCUUUAGUUGAAAAUAUAAUUUCAAGAUUUCAAAA